AUGGAUGUCAAAGUACUGGCUGUGUUGGCCCUACUGGCUGUGGCCAUGGAUGUACCUCCCUCUACGGCUAAGCCCAUCAGCCUGGUAGAGAGGUGCUGGUGUCGCUCCACUCUGAACACCGUCCCUCAGAGGAGCAUCAGAGAGCUCAAGUUCCUUCACACACCCAACUGCCCUUUCCAAGUCAUUGCCAAGCUGAAGAACAACAGGGAGGUGUGCAUUAACCCCGAGACCAAAUGGCUGCAGACGUACCUGAAGAAUGCCAUUAACAAGGUGAAGAAGUCCAGAAGACGUGCUCAGUAA